AGGUGAUCAACCCAAAGAAGAAAAUGAAGAAAAAGAAAUACGUGAAUUCCGGAACUGUCACCCUGCUUUCCUUUGCUGUGGAGUCGGAGUGUACCUUCCUAGACUACAUCAAAGGAGGGACUCAGAUCAACUUCACCGUGGCCAUCGACUUCACAGCCUCCAAUGGGAACCCCUCACAGUCCACAUCUCUGCACUACAUGAGCCCUUACCAGCUGAACGCCUAUGCGCUGGCACUGACGGCCGUUGGUGAGAUUAUCCAGCACUACGACAGUGACAAGAUGUUUCCUGCCCUGGGCUUUGGGGCCAAGCCCCCGGACGGCAGGGUGUCCCACGAGUUCCCACUGAACGGUAACCAGGAGAACCCCUCAUGCUGUGGCAUCGAUGGCAUCCUGGAGGCCUACCACCGCAGCCUGCGCACGGUGCAGCUCUACGGCCCCACCAACUUCGCCCCGGUCGUCACCCAUGUGGCCAGGAAUGCCGCAGCCGUGCAGGACGGCUCCCAGUACUCCGUGCUUCUCAUUAUCACCGACGGGGUCAUAUCCGACAUGGCACAGACCAAGGAGGCCAUCGUCAACGCCGCCAAGCUGCCGAUGUCCAUCAUCAUCGUCGGAGUGGGCCAGGCGGAGUUUGACGCCAUGGUAGAGCUGGACGGUGAUGACGUACGGAUCUCCUCCCGGGGGAAACUGGCUGAGCGGGACAUCGUUCAGUUUGUGCCCUUCCGGGACUAUGUGGACCGCACAGGCAACCACGUGCUCAGCAUGGCCCGCCUGGCCCGAGAUGUGCUGGCCGAGAUCCCAGAACAGCUGGUGUCCUACAUGAAGGCCCAGGGCAUCCGCCCGCGACCCCCUCCCGCAGCGCCAGUGCACUCACCCCCGAAGUCCCCGGCCCGCACGCCCCCCGCCUCCCCGCUGCACACACACAUCUGA